AUGAGCACGACGCCCGAGGCGCAGGCCGCGACCGCGGCGCAACCCGCGCCCACCCCUGCGGCCGCCACCAACGGCAAGGCCGAGAAGGAGGUGAAGCAAAUGAAGUGGACCUACGAGCGCGACGUGGCUCUCUUGACGCAAGUCGCCGCCGCCGGCCCGCUCGCCUGGCUGACGUCCAAGAUGGGCUACUCCGGCGACCCCGAGCGCACGUACAACCAGGGCGCGGUCUGGGACAAGGCCGGCGAGGGCAUCAUCCCGCAGAUCAAAACGCACGAGGCCUUCGCUGGCGUCACCACCUUCCCCGCGACGACCGCCUUCAUCGUCCACACGAAGCGAGUCGUGCAAAGCAAGGCCAACCUCUACAAGUCGGGCGGCGAGCAGGCCGAGGACGCGCCGGCAGGCAGCCUGGGCACCAAGAACGAGGAGCUCUCCGAGCUGGACCAGCUCAUCAUUGAGGUCGGCACGGCGAUGGAGGAGGCGGAAAGGAUCGGGUGCGCAAACAAGGAGGGCAAGGCUCAGGCGGACGCCGACGUCGGCAAGGGAGCGCAGGCUCGCGAACGCCCCGGGGGUAGGGGGAUUGAGGGGGCUAGGCUCGCCGCCUCGUUGACGCCCUGCACCCCCCCCCCCCCCCCCCCCCUGGGAUGA